UGCGGGCCAGAGGAGGCUGAGGCCAUCAGGGGCCACCUUGCCACCCUCCUGGCCCACCUAGGGGCUGCCGAGGCCACCAGUGCCGGCCCCGUGUCCUCCAGCGAGGUUGUCCCCGCGGGCUGGAACCUCUGCACCAUCGUUGGAGUGCUGCUGGGCUACCCGGCGUCAUAUGCCUUCUCCAUGGAGGAGGGUGCUGAGAACUGCCUGGCGCUGACGCCGCUGCGGGUGUUCACGGUCCAGGCUUCCUGCCCCAGGAUAAGGGACGGUCUCAGGGUCCAGAUCUACUCCUUCAGCAUCCCAGAGAACCUCUGCGUGGAGCUGAAGGAGGUGCUGGAUGCCUGGUGCAAUGAGCUGAAGGAGGCCUUCAGUGCACAGAGCGACUUUGUGGGUCUCCGCAUUUCGAGCGAGGUGGUGUCUCUUCCAGCGGUUGCCUUGUAA